GACUACGCGGUCAACAGAAAGAGCAGAAAGUCAUCGUCGAGAAAAUCAUCGAGUCACAACACACCCACCACUCAGAGUCAGGAACCAACAACGGGCAUGCCCACGAUUGAGGAAGUGUGCAACACGUUUGGUCUGACGGACGUGCACAUUGAAUAUUCGGACGCCGAUUUUCAGAAUUUAACAACGUACAAACUGUUUCAACAACACGUCAGACCGCUUUUAACGAAGGAAAAUCCAAAAGUUCCCAUGUCGAAACUCAUGAUGUUGGUUGCGGCCAAGUGGCGCGACUUCUCCGAGUUAAAUCCGCACACGCAACCGGAUGCCGACGUCUCGUCCACAAACGUCGACGACGAGAGUAGAAAUGUUCGAGCCAAUCGGGGCGGUGCUAUUCAGGAAGCCGAGGAUGAGGAGGAAGACGACGAAGACAGCGACCGUAAGAGAAAGUCGCGAGGAUCAAGAGCGAAGAAGGGAAAAAAAGCGUCGAAAGUGCCCACACUCAAGAUCAAACUUGGAAAACGUAAACGAGGAAGCUCGGACGAAGAGGCGGAAGGUAGUGCGGCGGGAUCUGCGGCGGACUCGGACAUGGAGUUCGAGCAGAUGUUAGCCGACGCGGAGGAAACUCCCGGGGCUGAGGGCAACAAGGGUAACGUCGACGAGGGCGGUGUCGAACCGCCCGCCGAGCCGCCAGUUCGCAGAAAGGCGAAAACCAAAAUCGGCAACAAGACGAAGAAAAAGAAGAAGACGAAAACCACGUCCAAGUUCCCGGAUGGAGAGGAAGGUCUCCAGACUGACCAUCAGGAUUACUGUGAGGUGUGUCAGCAAGGCGGGGAGAUCAUACUGUGCGACACGUGUCCCAGAGCGUAUCACUUGGUGUGUCUGGAGCCGGAAUUGGAGGAAACGCCCGAGGGGAAAUGGAGCUGUGCUCAUUGUGAAGGAGAAGGUAUUGCAGGCGCAGCAGAGGACGACGACGAGCACAUGGAAUUCUGCAGAGUGUGCAAAGACGGCGGGGAGUUGUUGUGUUGCGACAGCUGUACGAGCGCGUAUCACACGCACUGUCUCAACCCACCUCUGUCCGAGAUUCCCGACGGCGACUGGAAAUGUCCCAGAUGUUCUUGCCCACCGCUUAGAGGGAGAGUGGCAAAAAUCUUGACCUGGAGAUGGAAAGAGUGUUCGGACACUCCGUCGGAAGAGCCUUCCACGAGCAAAGCGGCGCCCAAACAACGAAAGAUGCGCGAGUUCUUCGUCAAGUGGGCGGAUAUGUCGUAUUGGCAUUGCGACUGGAUAACGGAGUUGCAACUGGACGUUUUUCACCCGCUUAUGUACAGGAAUUACUACCGCAAAUACGACAUGGACGAACCGCCGAAGUUGGAGGAACCGCUGGACGAGAGCGAUUCUCGCGUGAAGCGUCUGAAGGAGCAAGACGGCGCUACAAACAGAGACGAGUACAACUUGGAGGAACGUUUCUAUCGUUACGGUGUGCGUCCGGAGUGGCUGGUGGUUCACAGAGUGAUCAAUCACCGAUUGCAACGGGACGGCAGAGCCACGUAUCUUGUCAAGUGGAGAGAACUCGGUUACGACCAAGCGACGUGGGAGGACGAACACGAGGACAUACCCGGCUUGAAGCAGGCCAUAGAAUAUUACCUGGACCUGAGAGCCGCGAAUUGUUGCGACGUCAAUUCGUCCCGUAAAGGAAAGAAGGGUAAAGGCAAAAAGUCGAAAACGCGCGAGCUGAUCGACGACGAGGAGAGGACUCCAAAACGGUACACGCCGCCGCCUGAUAAACCAACAACCGAUCUCAAGAAGAAGUACGAGAGACAACCGGAAUAUUUGGAUCAAACGGGAAUGCAGUUGCAUCCGUAUCAGUUAGAGGGAUUGAACUGGUUGAGAUAUUCCUGGGGUCAGGGUAUUGACACAAUUUUGGCCGACGAGAUGGGUCUGGGAAAAACCAUUCAGACCAUAACAUUUUUGUAUUCCUUGUACAAAGAGGGACACUGCAAAGGUCCCUUCUUGGUCUCCGUUCCCCUGUCGACCAUAAUCAACUGGGAACGCGAAUUCGAAACUUGGGCACCCGAUUUCUACUGUGUUACUUAUGUGGGUGAUAAAGACAGUCGUAUAGUGAUUCGUGAGAACGAAUUGUCGUUCGAGGAAGGCGCGGUGCGCAGCGGACGCGCCUCCAAAAUACGAUCGUCGUCGAUCAAGUUUAACGUUCUGCUUACGAGCUACGAACUUAUCUCGAUAGACUCGGCGUGCUUAGGGUCGAUCGAUUGGGCGGUUUUAGUCGUGGACGAAGCUCACAGACUUAAAUCCAAUCAGUCCAAGUUCUUUAGAUUAUUAGCGUCUUACAAUAUCGCGUAUAAACUUCUGCUAACCGGCACUCCGCUGCAGAACAAUCUCGAGGAAUUGUUUCACCUGUUGAAUUUCCUGUGUCGCGACAAGUUCAACGAUCUAGCCGCGUUCCAAAACGAAUUCGCCGACAUCUCGAAGGAGGAGCAAGUUAAGAAGCUGCACGAAAUGCUUGGUCCGCACAUGUUGAGAAGAUUAAAAGCUGACGUACUGAAGAACAUGCCCAGUAAAUCUGAAUUUAUUGUACGCGUGGAACUGUCGCCAAUGCAGAAAAAGUACUACAAGUACAUAUUAACGAGGAACUUCGAAGCUUUGAAUCCGAAGGGUGGCGGUCAACAAGUGUCGUUGUUGAACAUAAUGAUGGAUCUCAAGAAGUGCUGCAAUCAUCCGUAUCUGUUUCCCGCUGCUUCGCAAGAGGCCCCAACCGGUCCGAACGGCAGUUACGAGACUUCGGCGUUGAUAAAAGCGGCCGGCAAAUUGGUGCUGUUGAGCAAAAUGUUGAAGAAACUGCGAGACGACGGACAUCGUGUUCUCAUAUUCUCGCAAAUGACCAAAAUGUUGGAUAUUCUGGAGGAUUAUUUGGAGGGCGAGGGAUACAAGUACGAGAGAAUAGACGGCAACAUAACGGGCGCGCAACGUCAAGAGGCUAUUGACAGAUUUAACGCACCUGGCGCACAGCAAUUCGUCUUCUUGCUUUCGACGCGCGCUGGUGGUCUAGGUAUCAAUCUGGCAACGGCCGAUACGGUGAUUAUUUACGAUUCCGAUUGGAAUCCGCACAACGACAUUCAGGCGUUCAGCAGAGCUCACAGAAUAGGCCAGGCCAACAAGGUUAUGAUCUAUAGAUUCGUCACGCGCAACUCCGUGGAAGAGAGAGUGACGCAGGUGGCCAAGCGCAAGAUGAUGCUCACUCAUCUGGUCGUGCGACCGGGUAUGGGCGGCAAAGGCGCUAACUUCAGCAAACAAGAACUCGACGAUAUUUUGCGUUUCGGUACGGAGGAAUUGUUCAAGGAAGAAGAGGGCAAGGAGGACGAAGCUAUUCAUUACGACGACAAGGCUGUUGCCGAAUUACUGGACCGAAGCAAGGAGGGUAUAGAACAGAAGGAGAACUGGGCAAACGAGUACUUAAGUUCGUUCAAGGUCGCGUCUUACGUGACGAAGGAAGGCGAAACGGAGGAGGAAGCGGACACCGAAAUAAUCAAGCAGGAAGCGGAGAACACGGAUCCCGCGUAUUGGAUCAAACUGCUCAGACAUCAUUACGAGCAACAACAGGAAGACAUAGCCAGAACACUCGGCAAAGGAAAACGAGUACGAAAACAAGUCAAUUACACGGACGGUGGAGUGACCGGCGAUCAAGGUGCGAGAGAUGACCAGCCGUGGCAGGAGAACUUGUCUGACUACAACAGCGACUUCAGCGCGCCCAGCGACGAUGACAAGGAGGACGAUGAUUUCGAUGAGAAGGGCGACGGGGAUUUGUUGUCUCGUAGGAGCAGACGACGAUUGGAAAGACGCGACGAGAAGGACAGACCUUUGCCGCCUCUGCUUGCCAGAGUAAACGGAAACAUCGAGGUGUUAGGUUUCAACGCGAGACAACGGAAAGCCUUUCUCAACGCAAUCAUGCGUUACGGAAUGCCGCCGCAAGAUGCUUUCAAUUCUCAGUGGCUGGUGCGCGAUUUGCGUGGCAAAUCCGAGAAAAAUUUCAAGGCUUACGUCUCACUGUUCAUGCGACAUCUUUGUGAACCAGGCGCUGACAAUGCGGAAACAUUCGCCGACGGGGUUCCGCGGGAGGGUCUAAGCAGGCAGCACGUAUUGACGAGAAUCGGCGUGAUGUCUCUGAUCAGAAAGAAGGUUCAAGAAUUCGAACAUAUUAACGGCUACUAUUCGAUGCCGGAAAUGAUUCGCAAACCGGUUGAGCCCGUGAAAACGGAAGGAGUUGGCGAUGCAGCGACUGGUACCAGCAGUACAAGUGCUACCCCAGCCACUUCGAAUGCUCCUAGCCCCAGUCCCGCUGCCACGCCGACUCCAACUUCGAAUACCGGCACGGAAACCAAUAAAGCGAGUUCCGAAUCCAUCGAAGUUAAAGAAUGUAAGGACGAGUCGACGAAGGAUAAGGAGAGCGGUGACGCGAAGGACUCGAAAGACGAGACGAAGAGUUCUAAAGAAGACGACGAAGCAAAUACCGAAAAGGAAAAGGAAAAGGAAGACGUCGUGAAGGAAGAAAAGGACGUUGAAAUGGAAAGCGCGGAUAAAGAAAAGGACAAAGCCGACGCGAAGGAUGAGAAAGCCGCGGCGAAACACGACGAGAAGACGGAAGGUGAGACCAAGAAGCCCGAACCGGAAGAAGACGUUGUCAUCGUUAAGGAUGACGAGGAGGAAGUUGAGAAACGAGAGGAGAAAGAUAACAAAGAGAAAGAUGCCAAGGACUGUGAUUCAGAGGUAGUAAAGCCUAAGCGGAAGUUCAUGUUCAACAUAGCUGACGGUGGGUUCACAGAAUUGCACACACUCUGGCUGAAUGAAGAGAAGGCUGCUGUGCCCGGUCGUGAAUACGACAUUUGGCAUCGCCGACACGAUUACUGGCUCCUGGCCGGUAUCGUCACGCACGGUUACGGCCGUUGGCAGGAUAUACAAAACGAUAUCCGGUUUGCGAUCAUCAACGAACCAUUCAAGAUGGACAUGGGAAAGGGUAACUUUUUAGAAAUAAAGAACAAGUUUCUGGCAAGGCGUUUUAAACUCCUGGAGCAGGCGUUGGUAAUCGAGGAACAGCUGAGACGGGCCGCUUAUCUGAAUCUCACGCAGGAUCCUAAUCAUCCCGCCAUGAGUUUGAACGCGCGAUUCGCCGAGGUCGAGUGUCUCGCCGAGUCCCACCAACAUCUUAGCAAGGAAAGUCUCGCCGGUAACAAGCCCGCGAACGCGGUGUUGCACAAGGUGCUGAAUCAACUGGAGGAACUGCUGUCCGACAUGAAAUCGGACGUGAGCCGGUUGCCGGCGACUCUAGCCCGUAUACCACCGGUCGCCCAGAGACUUCAGAUGUCCGAGAGAUCGAUACUGAGUCGACUGGCGGCAACGGCGCCCGGUGGAAGCAGUUCGCAGACCGGACAGGCCGCGCUGCUGGCGCAACAAUUCCCGGCCGGUUUUUCUGGGGGACAGUUACCGGCCACGUUCGCGGGCGCCGCCAAUUUCGGAAACUUUCGACCACAAUACUCAGUACCGGGGCAACCGCCGCAGGGUUUCACAGCCUGAAUGCUAAGUGUUGCAACGCAGUGGCUCAAACACGGACACAAAAUAGCGCAAACCGAACUGUCCCACGAGAAUCGUUCGCGCUGUAACAUUAUUUUUCGUAAAUUACAAUUUUUAGCUUAAUUUUUUCUAGAAAAAAAAAAAAAAAAGAAAAUGCGAAGGGAGAGAGAAAGAGAGGAGAGAGAGAUAGAUCUUCUCCCCAAAAAGGUAAAUGAACGUAAUAUUUUACAAAAAACAAUCGAGCAGCAUUACUUGUUGUAUUUAUUACGUGUACAUUUGGCACAUUUAUAGAUUCUCAAAGGUUUUCACCCCCCCCCGUUCUUUGUAUUUAUAUAUACGAUGAAUGUGCGCGUUUCCGCGAAACGGAGGCGAUUAGAUUUAUUUUUCUUAUAAGCGUCUUUUAAGAAUUUGAUUUAUUUACUCACACACAUAUACACACCAAAAACACCCACACACACACACAUAUUUAGCAUUUUGCAGAUGUAGUAGCAAACAAAAAAAAAAAAAAAGAACCCAUUUACUUAAGUCUAUUUAAGACCUUUUUUUAGUCGUAAACGCAUAUUUUUUCACAUCUCGUCGCUCUUUGAGGCCGCGCGAUUCAAAAAAACACAGUCUGUCACUCUUGUAAUUUAUUACACACGAAAAAAAAGAAAAAUGAAAAUAAUGAUUUUUCGACAAUAGGAAGGUUUACGCGCAAGCGACGAACUUAAAACAACAUCUACGGUUUAAACUUGUUAGGGCCUGGCGAUUCAUUCCGAAUUGUGCGAAAGCAACGUCGACGCAGCGACGAAACGGGAAAAAAAAAACAAAAAAAAAAAAAAAACACGGCAAUCACUUUUGGGACAAGACUGACAUGUGCGGUCGAGAGAAUUUUUGCGUGCGUGAUGCACCAGCGUGUAAUGCAUGGGUUGUGUGUAAUUUCCGACGUUACGCGAAUUUUCCUACGUUUUUAUCAAGUUUUGUUUUUUUUUUUUUAUUUUUUUUUUUUUUUGGUUUUUUUUAAUAUUCGGCGAUUGUGGAGGCAUCGGAGAAAAACUUUCGAUGAGAAAAGAGAAGUCAACCGAACCGAUUUGUUUUUACUUUCUCCUUCAAAUGCGACGUGCAUUUUCUCGUUUGUUGUCAGAGUUGCACUUUGGAUUUUUUUUUUUUUUUUUUUUUACAUCUUGCUCAAGGAACAAUAAGAACGCGCGUAUCGAGAUGCAUUUUGACGCUCGUUCUGAGGGAGAUCGAGCGCAGAGAAAAGAGCUGUGUUUACUCCGCGUAUAAAUGUUACAGUAAAAAAAAAAAAAAGAAAAAAACCAGUUGCGGUUAAGCCGUCGAGAAAUUCGAGAACGAACAAAACUAAAUAACAAAAAUCUCCGACGCACACUUGCCGAUACAUUUGCUCGUAAAUAUAUAUUAUACCAUAUAUAUAUAUAUAUAUAUAUAUUUAGCAAAUAUAUGCACGCUCACAUCGGUAAGUGUGUGUAAAGUAAAAAAAAAAUUUACUGAGUGAACGCGUGUGCGACUGUGACACGUUUGCAACAACACACACAACGUCAAUGAUAUUUGUACAUAUUGUCAUCGUAUUUAUAAAAAAAAAAAAAAAAAAAAAAAAAAAAGCCAUCUGUGGUAAUCACGACUCAUGCUAGAUUUGUAAAUUGAAAGAGAGAAAGAGAGAGAGAGAGAAAGAAAGAGAGAGAUAAACACAAGCCCCUUUGCCCUCCCCCCAUGCAUUACUUCAGGAGUGGAUUGCGCAUUUGCGACAAACGAAAAAAAAAAAAAA